AUGGCUUCCUCCCCUGAUCCGGCGCGACUUGCUCAGGGCCUCGGCCUCAGUCUACUCAACAACGCCUCGCCGACUCCUUCCGCCGCCCACGCCAACUCGCCCGUUUCUGCCGUGUCCAUGCCUUCAUCAUCCCAUACGCAGUCGGCAAUACAGCCAUACAAUCCCCAAGAAUGGGUCCCGUCGCCAGCUCAGGUGGUCGACAGGUCGCGCCAGUUCGCGACUGAGGCUGCACAAGUAGACGCAGCCUCGGCGCCUCCACCUCCCCCAUACAGCCCUCCUCGAAAUCGUCGGCAACGACCAAUGAGCACCGCGUUUGAACAUGCCGUUGCAUGUGGCCUUGGAUCAACGCCCCCGCCUCCUUCCAGGAUGCCAAUGCCUCUCCUUCACAGACCGUCUCCGGAGCCUCCUGGGAAUCCUUCCUUCCCACCGCCACCCGGGACGGGACGACGUGGAAACUCACGGGAGCGGCGAUUUGGACUGCCGUCGCUCGGUCGGCGCAAGGAGAAUGAGCAGCCUCAUCCAACAAGCCCACCUGACGUCCGGGCAGUUCCCUGGCACAUGAGAAGAAGCAUGGGUUCAACUGUGCCUCACCAAGAGCCCGAACGCUUCCUCACUCCAGCCGCGACCACGGCUCAUCUUGUGGUGCCACCGGCUGCCCGCCGGGCUGUCUCGACUGGCGCCAUUGGCACCCCCGCAUCUCAGCGUUCUCGAUCAGCAUCGCAGACCAGGUGGGAACCUGGUAUGCCGCUCCCUCCCCCACCACCGGGACCUCCGCCAUCGAGCUUUCGAUCGCAAAGCGUCCAGAGCAUUGAUCGAUCAAGCGUACCCAUCGCGUCCCCUCCGACCCGAAGACCGCCGCCGAGUGGGGUGGCUUCCUUGGGACCCGUGCCCCCGACGCCAGCAGACUGGGUCGACACAGAUGCAGAACCUGCUCGUGGUCGUUCUCCGGGCUUGGUAAUCGACACCACCACCGCAGCCAACGCCACUGGUGUCUCAGACCCAUCAGGGUCGUCAAACAGCGCGGGAGGCUUGAACAGAGCUAGGGCGGUACGACAUGACAAGACGAUUCUCGAAAGACGAGCCGAAAGCAGAAAUCGUCAAUCGUCAUCACACGGCUCAGUUGAUGCCAUCACUCAGCCGCACCACGGCAUCCAGGACAUUAUUGUUCCCUCGAGCUCCGGUAAGCCGGUUGGCCGACUCUCCGUCAACAAGUCCACUCCACGCAGCGCAAGCAGAAGAGAGGUUGAAUUGCUUCGAACCUGCGACUCAUGGACCAACGACUCUCGAAACUCGACGCCCCGGGCUCCGGGAUCCGCGCGACCAGAGGCAGCGACACCUACAUUCUCUCCAUAUCAGAGCAAGAUUUUGCAGACGCCUGCAUCCGCUCCUGCCUUGGCUCUGAUUUCCUUGCCCACCCCGCCUCCGCGAACGAGGUCUGCAUCUGGGUCCAGGCCAAGGGACUCAUCCCGGCCCCCGGUGUCAUUGUCGACAGCCGUUUCGACGAGCAGGGUGAUCCGUGAAACAGCCGAGCAGUUCGCCUCCGCCGCUAUUGAAAGGUUCAGAGCGUUCGCAGCAAGGGAGUCCAUGGCUACAUCCGACGCCGAUCGGGUGCGAAUGUUUGCCGACUUUGUGGUGAGCGAGUCCCAGAUCCGAAGAGAGCGAUAUUCUUUUGCUAUAGGAGCCAUGGGCUCCGAAAUCUUUGACCUGACUCGCGACCUCUUUCGACCAAUGACCGCAUCAUCAUUGGGGCGAGAGUCUGAAAUGCCCCCCCGAGACGAAUUGGCUCCGGCCUCGAUGGAUGCCAGCCCAUCGCAAAGGGAUUAUUCCGGGUCAACCACGCGUGGACAAGGGCUUUCCGUGUCGGCACCAGCUUCUGCCAAUCUUCCUGCAUCGCCUGGCAGCGCUCCUGCAGCAGGAAACGCCAACUGGGCAAACAACUAUAUGCCCUCUCUUUCCCCCAUCCUCAGCAUGAGUGUCAGUGACAACUACGAGAACGGGAGCUCUCGAGGCCGCCCCCCGAGCCGAUGGUGGGAGACGGAUUCUCAAGGUGAAGCGCGCGUGUCGGAAAGGUCAAAGCGGGAAUCAAAGUACAUGGGUGUGCCAAAGGAGCAGUGGUUCGAGGAAGAACAAGGAAUCGGCGGCGCUCACACCGGAGCCAGCGACGGCGGCCCCUCUUCCGAAUACCCCCCGGAAAAGACGGGGUGGCAUGACCAGAGAGACUGCUCGUCGGGAACCCCGCAACGGCCGGGGCCGUUUGGCUGUACCUCGGGUGGUGGUGCUUCAGGCCCUUCUUCGUCGAGGCACAACAAGCCCGAUGCCUUGGACGUCUCUCGCCUGGUGACGAUGCCGCCGCCAUAUCCACGGCAUCAUCCCGCCGUGAACAACAAUCACCCCGAACUGACCACGACAAGAACGUCCGUCAGGAGCUUGAACGAUCUGUCAGAGGUAGACAAGGUAAAGGAACGAUUCGCGAUGGGGAGCUCCAAGCGCCGCGAAGAGUUCUUCAAGGAGGCAUCGGAGCGUCGGCAGGCACUUGCAGUCAAUUUACAGACGGAAAUCAGCUCCGGCAACAUCGGAUACGCAGACGCCGCUGUCAUUGAAUCGGAUUCCCAAGAUGAAGAAAAAGACAAGAGGAAGGAGCUGGAGAAGAAGGAGUACGACGAGUUCCAAAAAGAGGUGGUCUUGCCUCUGAAUGACCUCUUGACAAGCCGCAUCACGCGGGCCACUGAGCUUUUCGACGGUUUAGCAAGCCAUCUCUUUGACAGCGGGCAGAUGGAUGCAGACAUGCCGCAGGAAGAGGGGGACGAUCGUCCCGAGUUGCUGGAGAAACUGACUCUGCUCAAGUGGAUUUUCGAAACGCGAGAGUCGCUGCACCGAGCCAUCUACGACAUCCUGAGUGACCGAAACUCGCGCUAUCGCGAGGUGGUGAUGAGUCCGUACCGCCUGUCGGGCAACCAGGAGAAGCUCCAGGCGGCCGAGAUUUUCUUCGCCGAGGAUGCAGCGACGCGCGAGUCGGCAUUCGCCAACGAGGUUCUGAACCGAGCGCGGGAAUUCCGGUCCGCGGUUGAAGGGGCAGUGCAGCGAGGUGUUGCGCUACAGCUUUCGGCGUUUUGGGACAUUGCGCCGCCAUUGCGCCGUCUGCUGGACAGCAUUCCAUCCAACCUGCUCGGGUUCAGCAUCCAGAUUCCGGCCUCCGAGUUUGAGGAGAACCCGGCGUACCACCAACACCCUCUUCAAUAUCUUUACAGCCUCGUGAUGCAUGCCGAGAAGAGCACGUAUCAGUUCAUCGAAGCGCACACGAAUCUCUUGUGUCUGCUGCAUGAGGUCAAGGAGGCAGUGGUGCACGCCAAAGCCAGCGUGCUGGAAACGCAGUGUCGCGAGCCCGACGGCAGCGCGAUCCGUGCCGAGGAGCGGGACCAGAGAGCCCGGGCCAUGAGAGAAGGCGAGGGUCGGCGACUGACUGAAGAUCUCAAGGAGAAGGUGCGGGUGGUCCAGGACCAGUGGAACAGCGCGCUCGGCGAGGGCAUCAAGAAUGUCAAGCAUCGGACUGGCGAGUGGUUAUUGAGGACUGGCGGAUGGGAUGAGACCUUGGAGGAGGAUGCAGCUUUUUCUGGACCAUAG